AACAUAAACAAGAGACAACCUCGUCUGCUAGUUGCCUAGGUAAACCAUUUUAAAAACUUCAAUAAAACAUCACAUCUUCCAAACAAACAGCACACAAACAAUUAGAAAAUUCCCUCAUUUGUCAAUACUUGAAAAAUACCUCUAUUAUAUACACUAUAUGCCUUAUUUUAUAGGUACAUGGCAGAAACUAAUUAACUUAAAAGUCUUUUGUUCUAUCUUCUAUGAUUAUGAUCUAAUUAAUAUCUAUCAUCCUCUUGUUUAUGGUCAAUGAUCCAACACUAUUAACCCCUUCAAACCCUUCAAUCUUUCUUCUUCAAUAACUCAAGUUUUUCUUUCUUUUUUUUCCUUCAUCACAACACAAUGACCAUGGAACCAAACCCAACAUCAGAUCACAUUCUUGACUGGCUUGAAGGUUCUGUCUCUUUCUUUCCAUCAUUCUUGGAUGAUCCAUAUAACAACGGUUACAUCCAAGAGUAUCCCUUAUGGGAUCAGAACCAAGAUAUACACAACCAGUAUCAGAUUGAUGUUAAUACUAAUUCCCCUAAUGGUACCAACAGCACCAACAACAUUGUUGCUGCUAGUACUACUACUACCACUAGCACAACAUCACUUGAGCCUAUUAGUUCUAACAAUAUACCCUUUUCUGAUUUACCGAAGAAACGCAAUGCCGAGGAUGAACCAGGUCUCAAAAAACAAUCACAAAACCAAAAGAACAAGAGAAUCAAGAGUCGUCCGACGAAUGAAGCUGAUAAUGGUGAUGCAGCUAUUGAAGGGACAGUGGUUAGAAAACCUGGUGGGAACAAGAAAGGUGCAGGUAAGGCCAGUGGAAAUAACAGUGGCAAUGGAAACAACAAGGAUGGUAGGUGGGCUGAGGAGUUGCUCAACCCAUGUGCUGCAGCUAUAACUGGUGGAAAUCUGAAUCGCGUGCAACAUCUAUUAUAUGUUCUUCAUGAGCUAGCCUCAACUACUGGUGAUGCCAACCACCGGCUUGCAGCGCAUGGUCUCCGAGCACUGACACACCAUCUAUCUUCAUCUUCAUCAUCUACCACAUCAGGGACUAUAACUUUUGCAUCUACAGAACCGCGAUUCUUCCAAAAGUCGUUACUGAAAUUCUAUGAGGUUAGCCCUUGGUUUUCCUUUCCUAAUAACAUAGCAAAUGCUUCCAUCCUCCAAGUCCUAGCUGAAGAGCCGAACAGUUCGCGUUCUCUUCACAUCCUUGACAUUGGAGUCUCUCAUGGGGUGCAGUGGCCAACUUUUCUAGAGGCCUUGAGUCGUCGACCUGGUGGACCUCCUCCUCUGGUUCGCCUCACUGUGGUUACUGCUUCAUCAACUGAAAAUGACCAAAAUAUGGAAACCCCAUUUUCAGUAGGUCCAUGUGGUGAUAACUUCUCUUCUAGACUCCUUGGUUAUGCUCAGUCCAUAAAUGUCAAUUUGCAGAUAAACAAGCUUGAUAAUCAUCCAUUACAGACACUAAAUGCUCAAAGUGUUGACACCUCCCCUGAUGAAACUCUUAUAGUCUGUGCUCAGUUCAGGUUGCACCACUUGAAUCAUAAUGCUCCCGAUGAAAGAAGAGAGUUUCUGAAGGUGUUGAGAGACAUGGAGCCUAAAGGGGUGAUAUUGAGUGAGAAUAACAUGGAGUGUUGCUGCAGUAGUUGUGGCGAUUUCGCCACUGGAUUCUCUCGAAGAGUGGAGUACUUAUGGAGGUUUUUAGAUUCAACCAGUUCGGCAUUCAAAGGCCGUGAGAGUGAUGAAAGGAGAAUGAUGGAAGGUGAGGCUGCAAAAGCAUUGACAAACCAACGUGAGAUGAACGAAGGGAAAGAAAAAUGGUGUGAAAGAAUGAAAGAAGCAGGAUUUGCGGGUGAAGUAUUUGGAGAGGAUGCAAUUGAUGGAGGUCGAGCUUUGUUAAGGAAGUAUGAUAAUAAUUGGGAGAUGAAAGUAGAAGAAGAGAACAGUACAACUGUGGGACUAUGGUGGAAGGGUCAACCUGUUUCUUUCUGUUCUUUGUGGAAACUGGAUAAACAGAAUAGUUCAAGCUCAACAUUGACAGCAAAGCUUUAAGCAAGGUAGCUUGGUGUAGGAGUUCUGUAUAGAGGUUACAGGUGCCACCAUGAUGAAACUAUUCCUUAUGCUAAAUUUUCAACUAUAAAAAUGUUUGUAUAA